AUGCUUCAGAAGUUCCUUUUGACUCCUGGCGUCGGCGAUGUAGCCGCUCGCCGGCUGCUGGACGCCUGUAACAGGCCUGCGCAGGUGGUUGUUGGCCGGCGCUGUGUCUUUAGCCGUCUGCCUUUCUGCAAUUGCAUUCACUUGAGGAGUAUUUUUAAUUCAGAAUGCCGAAGGGGAAAGUCGGGGGCGCCGGUGUGGCCUCCUGUGCAGCUGACUGUGCAAACCUCAGUACUUCCAUCUCCUUCCAGGGCACGGCUGCAUUUUUCAGCUAAGUCCACAGAGUCUUCGCCUCUUGAUGAGACGCAUGCAGUGUCCUUGGACAGCCCAGAGAUGAGAGGAAGCACCGCAAAGGGUGCGCAGAGAGAGGGAGGCCAGCAUGUGAAGUGGCAGAGGGCGCAGGCGACGGAUUGCCAGCAGCCCCAACCUGCGUCCUCCUCUGCCUGCGGCCUCAGCUAUUCCAAGUUCGUGAGAAAAUGUUCUGACUGGUUGACAGAUCGACAGCUGGAGCGCGUGGCAGUUCGCCUUAAGGCGUACAAGUGCCUUAAGAAGGCGCCAAGGCCUCACAACAAGCUAGCCGCUGUUCGCGACAUCGGGAAGAUCGUCCCCAAGGAGCACCGAGGAGAGUUGAUGAAACUUCUAGCAGAUAGUCUGGACCUUGUAGACCCUCACCACUUCUUGCGCUUGUCGAAGGCUUCCUCAGACCGCAUCGCCACCCAGGACGAAGUGGGCGAUGGGAUGCCUCAAUCCAUCAUGGGUGACUACACAGUGGGAAAGGACAUGUCCGUGGAAGAAAUGAAUAGUUAUCUGUGUAAAUUUUGCGCAAUUACGCUGCAGGCGUUUUCCGGCUGUGGGAAAAUCAAGAAGCUGGAAAUAUUUGAUGACCGCUUGCGGACUCUAGAUCAAACAGAGGAUAAUACACUGCAAGCCAAAGGGGAACAAGCCAUUAGAGACAAAUUAGAGAGACGGUUUUCCCCGAUUUUUGCACUAGCCGAAUUCAGCUCGACUCAAGAAAAACAGAAUGCAUGCCGCACCUAUCUUCGCACUUUCGGGGUGCCAUGCAUCGACCGGCUGGUGUAUCCCGAGGACGCCGCAGUCAAGACAACGCUUAUUGCAACGAACUUGCCGUUUAUCCUUACGCCGGAUGAAGUCGCCCGUAUACUAUCGUUUGCACUGGUCCGCGAUGCAGUGGCUCCUGUUGAGUAUCCGGCAGUUUGCCGCAUCCGAAUGACGAACCCAAAGCUGUUCGGGAAGAAACGCGAGACCACCAGAACGCUGGCAGACGCCCUAGUUCCCCUGGGAAAGCGUCUGACCUUGGUCGCCACAUUGGUUUUGACGAACCGCCUAGUCCUGAACAACGACGGCCUAUUUGUCCUGCGUUUUGCUUCUUUCGAGGCGGCGGAAGCGGCAGUACGACGGUGCAGAGGAGCUGUUAUAUACGAUUCGAAGGCGUUACUGCUCUUUUCCCCUCGACGAUGCGUUUUUCACAACGGGCAACUUGUAGAUUUUGUGAUACCGGAGGGCAACUUUGCUGCGGAAUCUAAGCAUUUUGUUGCAAGAGGGUAG